AACAUCAUUUACCUCCGUCUGAGUGGAUGGUGCCUUUAAAAUAUAAGGCAAGACAGUUGGAUGGCUAGUUUCACAAAACUAUUUUAGGCAAGCCGGGCUCUUGUCCACAAAGCACACCUUUGACGAUGUGCUAGCAUCUCCAGCCCUUCGAACUUUAGCAAAACAGAAUAUCCACGACUAUCUAGCUAAUCAACAUACUACUCGAGCCGAAACCGAUACAGCAAACCGCUUGCUUCAGGUUCUCUACGAUUCUCCCGAUGUGAACUCCUCGGUGCUGCAAAUUAUGCUAGCAUCAGGAAGUGAGAAUGGCACUUUGGCUGAUAUGCUUUCACGCUAUGGACAUGGUCAAAGUCUGCUAAUGCAAGGUGGACUACACCGACUGACAAGUGCUCUAGCUGAUUGGGUGGACAUCGGAUUUAAUCAGACAGUUACUGCUAUAGAAGAGAGUGAAUCUCACGCAAUUGUCAAGACCAAAGCUUCGUUCUAUAGAGCGAGACAGGUUAUUGUCACAAUUCCACCAGUUCUUACAACCUCUAUCGAAUUCACUCCACCGCUGGAGAGCGAUUUUGCUCAAUUUACAAGUACGGACUUUUUGUUUGCCUUGCACUACUUAUUCUCAAUAGAAAGGUUCUAG